AUGGCUUCGACGACGGCUGCUGAACAGGCUUAUACCGAUGGCCACCACCGUACUAGAGACGCGGGCAAUGGCGUCAACGGCAAGCCCCAUCAGUCCAUGGUCUCUCAAGUCAACGACCCGCAGUUCUUCAAGAUUGCCAAUCCCGGUCCGCUGGGCCUCAUCAGCUUUGCCCUGACCACCUUUGUCCUCGGUCUCUAUCAAUGCGGCGCAGGACUUCCCGGCUCCAAUCCGCUGGGCAACGUGGGCCCCGACCAGGCCGUCUUUGGCCUUGCCGUCUUCUUUGGCGGUGCAGCACAGUUCAUUGCCGGCAUCAUGGAGUUUCGCGUCGGCAACACGUUUGGCACCACGGUCCACUGCUCCUAUGGCGCCUUUUGGCUCGCCUUUGCCAUGUUCCUCGUCCCGUCGCUCGGCAUCAAGCAGGCCUACCAAGGCGAUGAGCGCGCUUACAGCUUUGCCCUCGGCAUCUUCCUCAUCCUCUGGUGCUUCCUCACCCUCAUCUUCUUCGUCGCCGCCCUCAGGACAAACAUUACCAUCCUUGUCGUGCUCGGUUUCCUAGCCCUCGCCUUCUUCUUCCUCAGCAUCGCCCAGUUCGUCUCUUCGACGCACCUCACCGCCGCCAUCCGUGUCAACCGUGCGGGCGGUGUCUUUGCCAUAAUUUGCGCUCUGGCUGCCUUUUACGCCGGCAGUUCGGGACUCAUGACCGAGGAUACGACUUGGGUCAGGUUCCCCCUCGGGGAGUUUUCCUAUACCCCGAAGCAGUAUCGGACCACCAAUGCUGUGUGA